UUUGCAUUUCCUGAUAUUUUUUAAUCGUUUUCUUAAAUUAUUAAAUAACCAAUUCAAAAAAUAUAACAAUGAGCGGACAGCAGCAGCAGCAGCCUCAGCUACCACAACAGCAGCAGCAGCAGUCAGCAAUUCGGUAUGCGCCGAACCAACAGUUUGUCGCGAGACCUGGGCAAUUAGGCAUGGCAGCAGCCCCCCACCAGCUCCAGCUCCAGCAACAACAGCUUCAGCAGCAGCACCAUCAUCAUCAGCAGCAGCAGCGGCCGCCAAUGAUGCAGUUCCGGCCGGGGAUGCCUCAACAACAACCGCUACCGCAAACGUACAUGGGCGCAGCUAAUCCACGCUCAGGCAACGGCAACGUGACAGCAGCCUACAAUCCCAUUCAGCAGCAGCAGCAUAUGCGUCCCUCGUCUGGCCGGUCAUCUGCCCCGACAGCCACAUACCAGAACACCAACAUUAACAUAGCCGGUGUAGUAGUGGGGCAAGCUCCGCAGCCGCAUCCAGCACUAAUCCAGCCACAGAUUCCUACGGCCCGCAAGCGCAAAACUAACAAACUGAUGGCCACAACCCCCACGGCAGCAUCUGCUUCGGCCUCGGCAGCCACAACAGUGGCGGGAGGCGCAGCGGAUUCCGCAAUGGACGACUCUGUAUCUGGAGAUGAAAUCGACGUCCAGCCGUAUGCGGUUGCAGUGGGCAGAUACCAGAACAACCACAAUUUGAUGUCUGAGAUCUUCGUGGCUCUGCCUAAUAGCGCUGUGGAGCUGCCUAGGCAUUAUUAUGAGGAGCUAGACCGGGUCGUGGUGGAGCGGGAUUUGGGCCGGUUGGAGGUUGAGGCGAAGGAGUGCGAGAAGGCGCAUGCAGAGAAGGUUGAGGCAGCGGAGAGGGGCAGGGGCGAGUUUAGAGGCGUGAUGGAGCAGCUGGCGAGGUCUGGCGCUGGGGACGUGGAUAUGGUGAGGGCUAAGCUGGCGGACGUGCUGGGGAUGGAGUUUGUUGAUAACCCGUUUCGCACCAUGGAGCGCGUGCCUGUGGACAGGAUCGAUGCUGUUGAGGGCGCCGUAUAUAAGCAGCUGUGAGGUACAGAUCUGGGUUCUGGAGAAUUAAAUCGACCGCGAGAUUGAAUACCUUUAUGAUUUUUUGCUGCAGAUCAACGGGUCUUCCCCGCCAUGUGUUCUUGUUCUGUUGAAUGGAGAUUAUUGAUUCAAACAUGCUAUGCGGCACUGCGCAUUUAAACUACGAAAUUAAGCACAUAGCAUUGCCUCCGGCUAUGCCCCCUGGCACAGUCAGGAAAUGUUCUGCUCCGUUCUGUUGGGAGUAGGCUUGCUUUUCUUUUUCCCAUCCAUCCA